AUGAAUAUCCAGCCUAUUAGGGCUUCUAUCCCAACCUCUCUUGGAUAUCUAACUGGUCUUACCAACUGUGGGAAAUCAGACUCGACCAUUCGUCUGGCUUCCGACAGUGGCAUGGCCUCCUCUUCUCCACUGGCCAGCUGGGCGACAACCACAGCAACUGGAUAUCAGAACCUCUCAGCUUCUGUCAUUAAAUCAGGACGAGAGUCGGCCAUCCGGGGCUCUGUCAGUAGGCCUCGACCUGGUCCACCUGGGCCCGCUCUUCUGAAGCCUAAGAGAACAAAAAGUGAGUUUAAUUUCAAUUAUUAA